CAGUUUCAUGUAACCUACUCUGCUCACGGCCUAUGAUUAACCCGGGUAUAGGUAAAUGCGGGAUGAGCAGACCGCAGUUGAUGCCUCAGGCCGCCACACAUCUCCGAACCUCCGCAGAUACAGUCAAGGCUACCUUCUCGCCUCAAUGCGCCUGCUCUCACUAUUCCGGCUCUGAAACUCCACAUCCACUCACCACCACCAUCACCACCACCACCCUUUCAUAUUGUUCUUUUCGGAUCCAACUACUGUGAAGCACAUUUGCUUCCGGCGCCUGCGGGCGAGAGCUCUACCCCCACCCGACCACCACUCCUGGCUACUGACCCUCAGCUCACCCACUCAUCGCGCCCCUCCAACAGCCUCCCUCGAAUCAAGAUGGGAAACUCGGUCCCCGACCUCGACGCCGUCGGCAUCAAAGCCGAGCCCGACCUAGCAGAUCAAUUCCGCCGCGAAGUUGCCACCCUCCUCGGUCGUAGCAAUCUCAACUUCCCCGGCGCGCAACCGGUCAGUUUUUCGACGCGGCACCUGACCGAGCUCCAACGGGAAGACUACUACGUGUGCGAGAAGACCGAUGGCAUCCGAUGUCUAAUGUACUUUGCCCGGGGGGACCCGGAAUCCGACAUGCCCGAGAUUCAUUACCUGAUCGACCGCAAAAACGAGUACCGCUACGUGCCGGGCCUGCACUUCCCCUUGCCCGACGAUGACACGUUCCAGAGCUUCCACGUCGACACGCUGGUGGAUGGCGAACUGGUGAAUGAUACAUACGAUGAUGGGACGCAGCAGCUUAAGUUCCUUGUUUUCGAUUGCUUGGUGCUGGAUGGGCAGACUUUGAUGCAUCGGACGCUGGAUAAACGGCUCGCGUAUUUCAAGGAGAAGGUGUUGAAGCCGUACAAUGCGCUGUAUGAUCGAUUUCCUGGGGAGAAGGAGCACCGGGCUUUUGCAGUGGAAGAUAAGUCGACGCAGUUUAGUUACGGGAUUGAGAUGAUGUUUCGGGACAUUAUCCCCAAAGUGAAGAAGAUCCAUGGCAAUGAUGGCCUAAUCUUUACGUGUCGGAGUACCCCGUAUCGCAUUGGUACGGACGAGCAUAUUCUGAAGUGGAAGCCGCCGUCGGAGAAUACGAUUGAUUUUCGCAUGCGCUUGGAGUUCCCACUGCUGGAACCGGAUACCGAUGAUGAGGCGGAGGGGGUCACAGAGCCGUACCAGGAUUACGAGGCCGUUCCGAUCUUUCAUCUGUAUGUGAUGCUCAAUUCCAAUGAGUAUCAGCCGUUCGGGGAGAUGUAUGUUACCCCGGCCGAGUGGGAGGACAUGAAGGCGCUACAGCAGCCGUUGGAUGAUGCAAUUGUCGAGUGCGCCAAGGAUGAUCAGGGCCGCUGGCGGUUCCAUCGGAUUCGAGAUGAUAAGGCGGAUGCGAACCAUAUCUCGACGGUCGAGAAAGUGCUGGAGAGUAUCCAGGACCGUGUGACGGAGGAGGACCUGAUCCGGGCUGCACCAGCGAUCAAGACGGCAUGGAAGAAGCGACAGGCGCAGAUGGCGGAGCGGGCCAGACAGGGGGGACCGGCGAACGGAAGUAAUGGGGUGAAGAGGAAGUUUGAAGAGUAGAUGCUGCCAGGAGAAGGGGGGUGGGAUGUUUUCACUGAUUCGGUUUGCGAGGCGUUUGGCGUUGGUUGCCAAUGAGAAUCUCAUCGGCAUGUGCCGGUGAUGAUGUAUAGAUAGGGAGAGAAGGGCCGAGGGCUAUGGGUAAAACGGGGUGGGCUGGUGGUUUACUGUUUUUAUAAUGCACUCGAUAGUUAAUCUACAGCUUGGAUGACUGCAUUGGAAGGAAUCUAGUCAGGGUCCAGGUUUACAUCCAACCAGCAUGUCUCCCGCUUCAUAUCGGUGAGGGCUGCUGCUGAGGUCUGCACCUCUAUCAAAGUCAAUUUGGAGAUUAGCA